UGGGUGGAGGAGCCGGAGCGGCUGCCUGUGUGUGUGUGUGUGUGUGAGAGAGAGCGGCUGCGAUGGGUCCGGCGGGGCUGAGCUGCUGUGUCAGUCUGCUGUCUGCGAGCGCCCUUCUCCUGCUGCACCGAGCCGCUGCGGUGUCGGGGCUCGGGGCUUGUACAGAGAAUGACUAUCACUUUCAGUACACGGAAUGCGACAGCACAGGGUCCCGGUGGAGAGUUGCUAUCCCUACCAAACCUGGGAAGUGCACAGGACUGCCUGAACCAAUCAAAGGCCGGGAAUGCUCUUUUUCCUGUGGGUCUGGGGAGUUCCUGGAUUUGUUAAACCAGACCUGCAGUAAAUGUGCUGCAGGCAGUUACUCCUUGGGCAGUGGCGUCAGGUUCGAUGAAUGGGAGAAUUUACCACCAGGAUUUUCCACCGUGGCAACGUUUGUGGAGGAUGUAGAUAACAGCCUCAACACUGGGGUCAACUGCAACUCGUCGUCCUGGGUCCCACAGGGGAGUUACAUCGUCUCCAACAGAGAUGACUGUACAGUUUCUCUCAUCUAUUCUGUGCAUCUGAAGAAGCCUGGAAGUGUUUCAUUUGACUAUCAGUAUGUGGACAACAGCAUAUUUUUUGAGUUUUUUGUUCAGAAUGAUCAGUGCCAGGACACCGAAUCCACAGAACAGAAGUGGAUGCAUUUGACGGACAGGGAUGAGUGGAAGAGACACUCGGUGGAUUUGAAGACCGGCACAAAUGUUCUGUACUGGCGGACAACAGGAAUCCUCCUGGGUGAAAAAUUGGCCAAGCGAGUUCUUCUGAAAGACAUCUACAUUGAAGGUGUCGCUUAUACCUCAGAGUGUUUUCCGUGUAAGCCUGGGACCUAUAGCGAUGUGGCAGGCUCAUCCGUCUGCAAACCUUGCCCCAGAAACACCUUCUCAGGAAGAGGAGCCAGUUCCUGCCAGAAGUGUGAUGAAGCCCGGCAGUUUUCAGAGGAAGGAUCCAGUAAAUGCCAAAACCGCCCACCGUGUUCAGAGAAAGACUAUUUUCAAAUCCACACCCAGUGUGACAGUGAGAAAAAGACCCAAGUGAUGUACAAGUGGAUAUCACCAAAGCUUUGCAGAGAUGACAUUCUGAAAGCAAUCAAGCUCCCACCUUCUGGAGAGAAGCAGCCUUGUCCACCGUGUAAUCCUGGCUUCUACAACAAUGACACGUCAAGCUGUAGCCCCUGCCCUUCCACUACCUACUCUGACGGCAUGAGUUCAUGUAAGCAGUGCCCAGCUGGAACUGAACCUGUGUUGGGUUUUGAGUAUAAAUGGUGGAACACGCUGCCUUUUAAUAUGAAGACAUCAUGUUUCAACGUGGCUAACACUAAGUGUGAUGGAAUGAAUGGGUGGGAGGUGGCUGGAGAUCACAUUCACAGUGGAAUAGGCGGCUCCGACAAUGACUACCUGAUAUUAAGUCUGCACAUUCCCAGCUUCAGCUCACCGAUAUCCACGUCGCAGACUGCUGGAUCAGAGAUUGGGAGGAUCACGUUUGUCUUUGAGACUCAGUGUGCUGAAGCUUGUGAGCUGUACUUCAUGGUGGACGUUAACAGAAAGUCUACCAAUGUCGUUGAGUCCUGGGAAGGCACCAAAGAGAGACAGUCUUACACUCAUCUCAUCACAAAGAAUGCGGCUGUUACAUACACAUGGGCUUUCCAACGGUUGAACUCUCCACAGGAGGAACGGAAGUACGUAGCCGAUAACGUAAAGAUCUACUCCAUCGUGGUGAACAAUGCGGGAAAUGGCGUGGGCCUCUCCUGUAGACCGUGUGCACUGGGCUCGGACCAGAGCAGCUCUUCCUGUGUCCCAUGUCCACCCGGACACUACAUCGAUAAGGGCACAAACCAGUGUAAGGAAUGUCCUGCUGACACCUACCUCUCAGUCCACCAUGUCUACGGGGUGGAGUCAUGCAUUCCUUGUGGCCCAGGCAGCAGAAGUAAUAAGGAUCACUCGGUUUGCUUCAGUGAUUGCUCCUAUGUACAUUCCUCAGAGAAUCACACUUUAACAUUUGAAUUCAGCAGCCUUAAUGGUGUGUCGUCCUUAAUGAAUGGACCCAGCUUUACGUCCAGAGGAACAAAGUACUUUCACUUCUUUAAUAUCAGUUUAUGUGGGAAUGAGGGAAAGAAGAUUGCAGUGUGCUCGGACAACGUCACUGACGUGACGUUACAGGACGUACAGAGCGACUCCAGCGACUUUAGCAAUGACAUUACUUCCUUUCUGUGCCAAUCAACCAUCAUUCCUUCAGAUGGGAGGAGUUUCAGAACCGCGCUGUCAUCUCAGUCUAUAAGCUUGGGUGACACCUUUCUCGGGGCAAGUGUUGAAACGUCAAUGCAGAAUAUUACAGCAAGGCCAGACCACUUCCCUCCUCCUCCAACCCACGUACCUGACAUCCACUUCUUCUAUAUGUCUAAAAUGUCGACUACUUCAUGUGAAAGUGAGCGUGGGGCGGUGGUAACCAUGAGAUGUAAUCCAACAAAAGUCGGGCGAGGAGAAAUCUCCGUACCAAGUGAUUGUCCUGGUGGGACAUGUGAUGGAUGCACCUUCCUCUUCCUGUGGGAGAGUGCUGAGGCUUGCCCACUGUGCACAACCAAUGACUACCACGAAAUCGAAGGAGCCUGCAGGAGUGGUAUUCAGGAAACGACGUAUGUGUGGAAGGAGCCAAAAGUGUGCGUUAAAGGGGUGCUGCUGCCCAAGAAAAGCACAGCCAACUGCGAGAUGAUAGACUUCUGGCUGAAGCUGGUUGUAGGAGUCGGAGCCUUCACUGCCGUCCUCCUGAUUAUCUUAACCUGCUACUUCUGGAAAAAGAACAAGAAGCUGGAGUACAAAUACUCCAAGUUGGUGAUGAAUGCAAACUCAAGGGAAGGGGAGCUCCCAGCAGCCGACAGCUGUGCUAUUAUGGAAGGUGAAGAUAAUGAAGAGGAUGUGGUUUAUUCCAAUAAACCUUCAUUGCUAGGGAAGCUAAAGUCAUUAGCUUCAAAGGAUAAAGAUGAUAUUUUUGAGUCUGUUCAACUCAAGUCCCCAAGAUCACACAAUAUAUGAAGAUGUAGCUUCAGAAACGUUGGCAGUAAUUCCUCCUGUGACAUGUGGAAGCACAUGCCAAGCACAAAUGACGUGGAUGACAAGACUUCUUAAAUAUUACUGUCCCUGAAAUGCUUCUCAAAAGAACCAUUUGCAAACAGUUACUGUUUGAUUGCCUUAUUGUGCUGGAUGAAAGGGGUCUCAGACCAGAGUUGCCAAAACGGUCAAUGCCUCUGGUUGCCAAACUGACAACAUAUAUCUCAGGAAGAGCUUACAAUCAUUCUCAGUAAUUGUUCACCAACAUGAUUGGGUAUUUUCUGUAUACUUUUUCAUUGUGAUUUCUGUGUGAUUUUUCCAGGUUAUUUUGUCUUAUGCUGCUUUUGCAAUCCUGCAGUUAACUGCAGUAUUCCAUGUUGAAAAGAAAUUAAGAUACUGCAACUAUAAAUUCUAUUGUUUAAUAUUCCCCAUCAUUAAUUAUAUUUAUGUUGUGCAGUGCAGCAAAUGAACUGCUAUUGCAUUGACGUAAAUUAUGUUUGCAAUGAACCAUGUGUAAUUCUUAAAAUAUACAAACCCUUCCUAUCAGGAUACAGGUUUAUUACAGUAGCCCUCUGCACUGGAAAGGUGGUACUUUGUGCUUUGGAAGUUAUUGUUUAGUAGUUUAUUUUAAAACCUGGGUGUUACAAGUCAGUGCCUGGUCUGAUUAACGUGUUUCUAUCUGACCACGCCCUCCCUGCCUCUCAUUCAGUCAUCCUUGCCAUUUGAGUGAAUAUUUUUUUCUUAAAAUAAAUUUUCAUGCUUUGCAAUGCUUCUGCAUUUUCCAAUUUCACCAUAAAGGCAAAAGAGGCCUGUUUACAUUUUUAAAGAAAUUUGGAUCAUCUACUAUGAGAUUUUAAAUCGAAAAGCAAAAAAAAACUGAAGAUGCUGGAAAUCUGAAACCAAAACAGAAAAUGUUGGGAUACACAACAGGUCAGGUGGCAUCUGUAGAGAGAAAAAUCAUCAAUGUUUCAAGUUGGUGACUUUUUGAUGAAAUGUCAACUCUGGUGAAAAGUCAUACUCUGUUUCUCUCUUAAUAGAUGCCACCUGAUCUACUGAGUAUUUUUAGCAUUUUUGGUUUAUAUUUAAGAAAAGUUAAAUUUUAUUUUGACAUUUAUUAAUACUCCCACAUAUCAACACCAAAAUAUUUUUAUUCAUUUUCAAUUCAGUGAAAGAAAACUAAUAUUAAGAAAUAGUUUAUUGAAGAGUACCACAGCUGAAAUAACUGAAAUGACUACACUUCCCUGGAUUUAGUGGUGUUAGAGAGAAACAUGAAAUAGUAUCCAUAACGCUUUGAGAGAAAUUUUGGGAACAAGGGCCCUAUUUUCAUGCUGUGUGUGUUGUAAUUGUGGUCAUGAUCAGAAAUCCUUAAGCAUUGUUGCAAUGUUUUUCCCCCCACUUUGGACAGAGCCCCUGUGAAAGGCAUUAACCCUGUUUCUCUGCUCUGAAUUUCUGUGAGUGAAUGUCCAGCAAAUGAAUCCAAACAGGAAAAUCUUUUCGUGAAACACGGACGACAAACUUUAGGGAAGAUUCAACAAAUUGUGUCACUUACUGCAGGAGUUGCUCUAUGAGAGAACUUGCUAGGAAGGUUUUUUCUUAUGAAUUCAUACCACCAACAGCCACCAGAAGGCAGCAGCACUUUUAAAAUCCAUUUCCAAAAGCAAGCAGUUGAAUUCAUUAAGUGCACAAAGUACUGCCCCAUUUAUCCCUCCAGAAUUGAAUAUGGCAUAUCAUAUUCCUUAAAUCAGUAGUUCAAUAGACCUCUGCUUAUGAACUAGGCAGCAUUUACAACAACCUACACUUCACGUGACUGGUUAGCACUUGAACUUAUUUAUAUAAAAAUAAUUUGACAGACCAAAAUGUCCCUUGCUAUUUUGAUGAGCAUGUUGAUUUUUAGUUCUGACUACUAUAUUUCUGUUUACAUUAUGAAUGAAUUGGUGAUUUGAUAUUUUAAAACUGUGAAAUAGUGUUGGACUAUUUAAGAUAGAUAGUUAAGGUGAAAUGUUCCUUUGAAUUGUACAGGUGGGUUACUGGUAAAAGAAAGCAGAGGCUUUCUGUAAAUUUAAGGUACAGUUUAAUUAAGUGUUGCAGUGAACAAUAAAAGCUUGCAAAUUGAAUGCCUUUUUGGGUAUAUUGAUUCUGUUGUGCUCUGACCAUCAAGGGGAAUGUAUUUUUGUCAUAGUUCUCUAUUAUUCUGUAAACCAAUUAGGAAAUGAGACUGGGAUAAAUAAGCAGGAUGAGAAAUUGGGCAGGAUUUGGGGAAAAGCAGAAUAUUCGUAAUGCUUGUCGCAAGCUGGAAGUAAAGAAUAGUGUGUUGAAUGGUGCCUUGUACCAUGUUCAUCUAUCUGGCAGAGUUAGCCAUUCAAUGCUAAUAUUAUUUCACUGGACACACAGACAGACAGACACACAUACACAAUGAAACAGGGGAGAGGUAGAGUUUCCAAUUUGAAAGCAAUUUGUAAAUCUGACACAAAUCACAGCCAAAAAUGCACCCAUUGUGAGAAAUUAUUUGCCCUCAUGUUUUCUUCGAAGUUCAUUUACUUAUCACUGAACCAAUAUAAUAGGGCAGUGUUUCCAAAACAUUUAUAAAUACGUUGCUUUAAAAAUAUUUCUUGAUAGAUUUAUGUGGUAACUUGAAGUUUGAUGAAUGCAGUGGGAAGAGAAUUUAUUGAAGAAAAGUAAGCAUUUUAAAAUCAGAUGUGUGUGACUUUGACUUUUAUAAAUUAUAUUUAUAAUGGUUACUGGAUUGAGAGGUGUGGACUGUUGACUGGAGGCUUCAGUUCAAAUCCCACAUUGGCAGCUGGGAAUCUAAAUCAAGUAAUUAACUAACUGGGAAUAAAAAAUCUAGUAUCCGUAUCGGUGACCACGAAACUACCAGGCUGAUUAAAAAUGCUAAAAACGCUUGCAUACCACAAGGAAGGAAUUUGGCAUCUUUCUCUGAUUUGGCUGUGUCCAAACCUAUGAAUUAGGAGCAGAGAGGAGGCCACUUGCCCCUCGAGACUGCUGUGCCAUUCAACAAGAUCAUGCUGUCGCUUUGCAGUAACCCUUCACCUCCUUACACCUCCAAUCUAACCACAAAGUGGCUGACUUCUGAUGGAACAGCCAGCAAGUCGCUCAAUUCAAGGGUAGUUAGGGAUGGGUAAUAAAUGCUGGGCUUGGCAGCCACUCAUGUCUUGUGAAGAAAUUAGAAAAUCUCCAGUUAGGGUAGGAGAUAUUGGCUCAUUCCUUAAAUUAAGAAAGAAAGCUUCCACUAUACCUCCUUGGGUGCAAGAUGUCUUGGUUAAGUGUUGGCGUUUCCUUGAUUAGUUCUGGGCUGAGUAUGUUGAAUAAAUCAAACAAUGGAAUCUGGCCUGUGGUUAAUUCAUCUUUGGGAGGUGUCACCACAUUCGUGGCUGGGGUCACCGCUGAGCUUUUCUUAAAUUUAAGUGUGUUGUGUUUGUGUUUAAAAUUCUGCACUGGUUAUUCCAAUAUCAGCAGAAAUUCCUCCUGAAAAAGAUAUCGUCCAACUCCAAAAGACUGAGUAAAAGCAUAUCAUUUUGAUUUAAGAAAUUAUUUGCUGGGUUAGAUUUAAACACAACUUCAUCUUUCCAAUGGCGUCAAUAUAUUACACAAAGGAAAGCAUUUUAGCCAUCUCUAGAUGUUCAGCCUCUGUAGGUGUAGAGGUCUGCAAUGUUUAAACCUCUUUACAUGUGUUGUGUAUUCCAAUUUUCCAGAGUUUGUUCAUUGUGUGUAUAUUUUGUACUCGUGUCUGAGGUUUACUUUCUUCUAAGUUGUAUAAUUGUCAUUAACCAAAAUAGUACUUGUCUUUUGUGGCAUCUUUCUUAAAUAAACAUAAGCAGUUU